AUGAAUCCAGUAGAUCCUACAACAGAAAAUGAAGUGCCACUAUCUAACGUAAAUCAUGAGGUUCCACAAAUUUCUGAAGUAAAUAAUGAGGUUCCACAAGAUCAACCAAAUAUGACAUCUGUUGCUGCUGAUGCUUCUCCUAGUACUGAUGCUACUCCUAGUGCAAUAGGAACGAGAAAGUUAACAUCUGAUGUUUGGAAUCAUUUUCGAAGAAAGAAAAUUAAUGGAAUGGAUAAGGCAAUUUGCAAUUAUUGUGAGAAACCCCUUUCUGGCAAUAGUAAACAUGGGACAACACAUUUGCGUGAGCAUUUCAAAAUUUGUCCAAGACGAACUGUUAGUGACAUAAGGCAGAAAAUCCUAAUUAAAGAGAAAAACAAGGGAGAUUUUGUUAUUAAAGGCUUUCAAUUUGACCAAGAAGCCUCAAGGUGCAUGCUUGCUGAAAUGAUAAUUUUACAUGAGUAUCCAUUAACAAUAGUGGAGCAUCAUGGAUUUCGCAAGCUUUUAGCAAGUCUUCAACCUUUGUUCAAGGUUCCAUGUCGCAAUACCAUUAAGAGUGAUAUAUUGAAAUUGUAUGAUUAUGAAAAGACAAAAGUAUUGAGCUUGUUGGAAUGUAAUAGAGGUAGGAUUGCUUUAACUACCGACAUGUGGACUGCAUCUAAUCAGAGGAAGGGGUUUUUAGCUUUGACAGCUUAUUUCAUAGAUGAUAAUUGGACUUUGCAAAGUCGUAUUUUGAGGUUUGCUUAUGUUCGCUCUCCACAUACUUCAGAAGUCCUUGCUAAUGUGAUAGUUAAGUCUAUGAUGGAUUGGAAUAUUGAUAGGAAUAUAUCCACCAUUACUGUUGAUAAUUGCUCCACUAAUGAUUCUCUUAUAAACAAUGUGUUGCAUAAACUUGAUCAUUCUACACUUAUGCUAGGAGGGUCUUUAUUUCAUAUGCGUUGUGCUGCUCAUAUUUUGAAUUUAGUUGUACAAGAUGGUUUGGAUGUCAUUGCACCUAGUGUUGAAAAAAUUCGUGAAAGUGUUGCAUAUUGGAGAGCAUCUCCUAAAAGAGAGCAAAAGUUUGAUGAUGUGGCACGGAUAGUAGUACACAAUAUGAAUGUUAAAAAAUUGGUGCUUGAUUGUAAAACCCGUUGGAACUCAACGUAUUUGAUGCUCAUAACUGCUAUAUCUUUUAAAGAUGUGUUUGCUCGUCUGAGAUUUCGUGAUUCAUCUUAUAAAUGUUUUCCAACAGAGGAGGAGUGGUUGUUAGCAGAAGAAGUAUCUCAAAUGUUGAAAAUUUUUUAUUCUGUGACUGAAAUAUUUUCUGGAAGAAAGUAUCCCACAACAAAUAUCUUUUUUCCUAAGGUUUGUGAAAUUAAAGCUUCAUUGUUAAAGUGGGUCACAUCUCCUAAUAAGGUUAUUUCUUCUAUGGUUGAACGAAUGCUUUCCAAAUUUGAGAAAUAUUGGUCUAAUAUUCAUGGAAUUAUGGGAAUAGCUACUAUUUUAGAUCCAAGAUAUAAGUCAAAGUUGGUGGAGUAUUGUUUAAAAAGAACACAGGGAGAGAUUGGCUUUAAAGAACCUCUUAGAAGGAUUCAAAAAAUGUGUUAUGAUUUGCUUGAGGAAUACACAAAUAAUAAUGGUCAUGCUAGUGUUGAAAAAAGAUCAAUGGAGACUAGAUUGCAUACAAGUACAGAUGAUUUUUUGGAUAGUUUUGAUCAAGAAGUAGCACUUGAGUGUGACAUUAAUACUGAUCUGAAGACCGAGCUAGAUCAUUAUUUAGAAGAUAAAGUGUUGCCGAGAAAUGUGGAUUUUGACAUAUUGGAGUGGUGGAAGACCAAUGGAACCAAAUAUCCCACUUUGAUGAGGCUAGCACGAGAUAUACUUGCCAUUCCAAUAUCGACCGUGGCUUCAGAAUCUGCAUUUAGCACAAGUGGUAGAUUGGUGAGUUCUCAUCGAAGCAGGCUUCAUCCGAAAACCAUAGAAACAUUGAUGUGUGUUCAAAGUUGGUUAUCAAAUGAGAAAGAAGCUACAAGUUCACAAGAAACAAAAGCAUAUUACUCUUCAAUCGAAUAUGAUGAGGAUACUAUUGAUGUUGAUGGGUUAGAGAUGGUUGAGGAAUGCCUUUCACAAGAUAUGGAUAUGAGUGGAUUGUUGCUUCUUUACUCAUCCCCUGGUGAAAAUCGAAAAGUGAAAAUGGGCCAUGGAGUUAGCUGCGGAGGGGGUCAAAGUUCUCUUGGCUACCUAUUUGGUAGUGGUGAGGCUCCUAAAUCUGCUGGAGAGUCUGCUGAACCUGUUCAGAAGCCAGCUUUUAAAUCUACUGGAGAGCCUGCUGAACCUCUUCAGAAACCAACUCCUGCAACACAAGUUGAUAACAAGCAGAUCCCUACUGGUAUCCAAGGGAAUCUAGCAAACAAUUACCAGUGA